AUGAUUUGGAGGGCUGUACUGUUGUCAUUCCUCUCCAUCUCCAUAACAUGCGCACUUGUAGUCCAAACAAGAGAAGAACCGGGUUCAAACCCAACAGCAGUCAUUGUCGAACACAGCUACACCACUAUCCCUCCAGCCUCCGAUACCACAAUAUUUACAACAUCGACUGAUAAGACAAGUUCCUCAUCUGAUGCGGCUCCUGCACCUGGCAGUGAAUACUAUGACAGCGGACCCCCAGUUAUUCUACCUGUCACAUCUGAACAACCUGAUGCCUUGGGUAUCGGAAAUGUGAGCGGGUUUUAUGGACCAGGAAGUUGGGCAGCAUGGUUCAUCUCAAUCGUGGCGUCGUGGUGCCGGCUCCUUCGCGUUUCAGAAGAUAGAUUUGAUCCAAAUACAUGGCUAUUUCUGCUCGGCACCAACUGGGCCGCGGUUGCUCUUUUCCGCGUAAUCCGCAUGGCCCAAAGCAUUCCGCUCGACUCCUUGACCUACGAUGCAGAUUUGGGCAGCCUAAAAGGUUCUAUUGGGGCGGCAUUCAAUGUCACCUUUUGGGGAACCUUUCAUGGCUUGAUGCAGUAUCUCCUUGCAAUGAUCAUAUUCGACACCCGAAAGGCCCAGCGAUAUCGGUUGUGGACACUCUUGCUCGGAAUGAUAUUGCCCUGUCUCGCGCUCAUGCACUCUGCUCCUCUCAGAACCAUGAAUGUGCCUGCGCUAUAUUGGCAUGCAAUGCAUAGCGGGGCUUAUGACCUUAAUUUGGCUGUUGCUUACCCAACAUGUGCCCUGGAUUGCUGA